ACGCGGCCGCACUCGCAGCUCUGGCGGCGGGAAGGAUGCUGCUCCGCGGGAUGCCGUGGGGCUGCGCCGCGCUCUGCCUGCUGAGCCUGCUGCCCUCUGGCUUCACCAAUGUCAGCCCGACUGCUGAUACCACGGAGACAUCCACCUUGAAAGUGUCCUCACCGGUUCCUACCAGUGGGUCCCACCAGGAGACCACAGAACCAGUGGUCCCCGGAAUCACCAGCCCCCACCCUGUGUCUGUCGACACCAUGGAGACCACAGCAGCUGUCUCAGAGACUACAGUCAACUUCACAUCUACCUCUGGAACCACUCUGUUCCCCGAAUCCACAAACUCUUCCAUCCAGUCACAGACCUCCCCAGACACCUGGGCGUCCUCCACCCCAGUGGUCACCACCACAGGAAACACGUCGACUUCAAACGUGACCUCGGAGCCCAGCACAGCCCCUGUCAGUGUUUUGGAUUACUCGUCCACUGGCACCAGCCCUGUGGCGACGUCGCCCACCGAACUCUAUACGUCAUCCUCUCCUGCCCCGAGCAUGGUCCAGGGAGAAAUCAAAUGUGCAGGAAUUAAAGAAGUGAAAUUGACUCACAGCAUCUGCCUGGAGCUCAACAAGACGGCCAGCUGUGAGGACUUUAAGCAAGACAAAGGCGAGGGCCUGGUCCGAGUGCUGUGUGGGGGAGAGGCUGGUGCCCAGGCUGAGGCCGCCACGUGCUCCUUGCUCCUAGCCCAGUCUGAGGUCAAGCCACAGUGUCUGCUGCUGGUCUUGGCCAAUAGCACAGAACUUUCCAGAAAACUUGAUCUUUUGCAAAAGCACCAGCCUGACCUGGAAAAGCUGGGGAUCCAAAGUUACAUGGAACAAGACGUUGGGAGCCACCAGAGCUAUUCUCGAAAGACUCUGAUUGCACUGGUCACUUCAGGAAUCCUGCUGGCCAUCCUGGGCACCACUGGCUAUUUCUUGAUGAACCGCCGCAGUUGGAGCCCCACAGGAGAAAGGCUGGGUGAAGACCCUUAUUACACGGAGAACAGUGGAGGCCAGGGCUAUAGCUCAGGACCUGGGGCCUCCUCUGAGGCUCAGGGAAAGGCCAGUGUGAACCGAGGGGCUCAGGAGAACGGGACCGGCCAGGCCACCUCCAGAAACGGCCAUUCAGCGAGACAACAUGUGGCUGAUACCGAAUUGUGACUUGGCUGGGUGGGCCAAGAUGGGCAGUGUCGAGCAGCGCCCCCUGCCCCUGACUGUGAGCUGCCGCCAUGGUGGGGGUGAUGUCCCUCACCUCCUACCUUCUCCUGCUGCACAUACCCCAGAUGCCCGCCCCUGGGGCCUUCCACCUGGCAGCGAGGCAGGUCUACCCCAGCCCUCUGCCUUCAGCCCUCCAGACCCAGAUUGUGGUCUUCUUUAGGUUCAGCUGUGGCGAGGAAAGGCCAUGCACGGUCCAGGGGAGCUGUCCUGGAGGCUGUGGGCCCAGCGGCCUCCAUGCUGGGAUCCCUGGCUCCUUCCCUCCUGGUUCCUACAAGAACCUGAGGGGAAACGGUGGUCUUCCUAAGCUAUAGGAUUGAUCCUCCCAGACUCUCGCUUUUACUGUUCCUGCUUCUAUUUUCUUUCUCUACUUUAGGGAAACCAAAGUAAUGCCUUGAGCCUACUUCCCUUGAACAACGCAGCCAGAAAACAUGUUUCUCAAACCAGUUCCUUGUCCCUCCUCCAACACACUGCAGAGCUGGUCACCAGCUCCUCACAUGCUGUCCACAUUCCACCAAGCUUGGUGUGGCCCCAUCUUGUGCAUACCGAGGCUGGCACCGUGGAGCCUGGAGUCGAAUCCCGUGAGUUAGAACAGACUGCUCAGUCCUGGCCUUGGGCCACACAGCACGUCCUUGGAUCCCGGUGGACAGGCUCACAGGACAAGACCCUUGAGCCGAGCCUCCUGGCCAUGCUCUUCUCAGGCCUCCCUUGCACUAAGGCUGGGUCCUGGCUGCUCCUCGGACCCCCGAGGCCUGCCCCUUCCUCCCCUGCUCCUGGUAGAGCUGGGCCUCACGGUAGCCUGUGUCCGCCUUCCCAGCUAUGAACCCCUUCACUGUGCCACACCCCGUGUGGCUGGAGCCCCAGGACAUCUCCCAAGGACCACAAGCUGCCCCUCUGGGAGUGAUCCGGGCCUUGUUUUUCCAGAGGGGUGAGUGGGGGUCCUGGUUUCAAUGACGGUUGGAAAUAGAAAUUUCCAGAAAUUGAGUGUUUUUGCUGAAUAAAGGGUGGUGUGUGUAAAUACUGUAA